UGGAGGAUGGAUGCCGGCCGUGUCGGCGGAUCUGUGUACGUGAUGAAUAAGUAGGAAGAUUCUGCUCCCGGGAAACAAGCGAUCGCCUUGGACUGCAACAGCCGGCUAGGAAGCGACCGGGACUGGAGCGAUCCGGGGCUCCGUUGCCUGUAAUUACAAUGAGUGGAAGCGGCAGGGAGCUGCACAAGAAGUGAUGAGAAGGUGCGCCGGGAUACUGCUUGGAUGCUGUAGUGUUGUAGUAGUGACACAGCCCGGAUAGCCGGCGGGCUGGGGUAGGGUCCGGUCCCUGCUGCAGCAUCAGAUGGAGACUUUAAAUACCGAGCCCCGGCUGCAGAGCCUUGCCCAGGCUGAGAAGAAGAGGCUGAACCGAGCGCCUUCUCCUGCCAGACCCUUCUUGAGGGACAGUCACACCAGAGGACCUCCUGCUAAGCCCUCGGUUCUGCCCCCCAAGUCCCCCAGCAGUGGUGUCAGGCAUCCGUCGGCCGGGGUCGGGAGCCCCCACAGCCGCUUGUCCAGGCGCAGUGCCCCCGGAGCCAAAGAGAAACCCAGCCCGGCAAAACCCAGCACUGCCAAAGCCUCCCUAACUAAUAAGAGGGCGUCCAGGCCACCCCAUGGACCCGGAGAGACCGGCUGGAAAGGGGGCAACAGCCGGAGGGAGCACCCCCUGCUUCAUGCGCCCUCCUCCCCCCAGCCGGCAGCAGCAGGUGCCAGCCGCAGAAGGGUGCAGCGCUCCAACACCCCGGUUCAGGGUCUUUGCAGCAGCCUGGUGCGGGUCAGCCACACCGAUAGCAGCUCCGACCUCUCCGAUUGCCCCUCCGAGCCGCUGUCCGAUGAGCACCGGCCGCUGCCGGCUCACAGCAGCGACAAUGAGUCAGGGUCCAGCGAGCAGGUGGCGGCUGCAGUGCCGGUGAUAGUGCUGAACGCGGGGCUCGAGAGGCAACACGGAGCGCCCCCCAGCGGUGGAUCAAGGGAGGCUGGGAGCGCGUCCGGCAGGGGCCCCGCGGCAGACGGUGCGGGGCAAGAUGAGGAGCUGCUCAGGGAGGUGGAGGAGCUGCGCUCGGAGAAUGACUAUCUCAAGGACGAGCUUGACGAAUUGCGAGCUGAGAUGGAGGAAAUGCGUGACAGCUAUCUGGAAGAAGAUGUUUACCAGUUACAGGAGCUCCGCCGGGAGCUGGACCGAGCCAAUAAGAACUGCCGUAUUUUGCAGUAUCGCCUCAGGAAAGCAGAGCAAAAAAGCCUAAAAGUUGCACAGACGGGCCAGGUAGAUGGAGAACUCAUCAGAACUCUGGAACAAGACUUAAAGGUAGCCAAAGAUGUUUCUGUCCGACUGCACCACGAGCUGGAAAAUGUGGAAGAGAAGCGAAUCAAAGCAGAAGAUGAAAAUGAGCUCCUGCGACAGCAAAUCAUUGAGAUGGAGGUGUCCAAGCAGGCGUUGCACAACGAGCUGGACAGGACUAAGGAGAGCUCACUUAAAAGAAGAGGUAGCAGAGAGAUGCACAAAGAGAAAAGGACGUUUGGCCAGGAGGACAGUGCUGAUUUAAAAUGCCAGUUACAGUUUGCUAAAGAGGAAGCUGUGUUGAUGCGUAAAAAAAUGGCCAAGCUGGGAAAAGAGAAAGAUGAGUUAGAACAGGAACUGGAGAAAUACAAGUCGGUCUAUGGAGAUGUUGACUGUCCUCUCCCAACUGGAGAAACAGGUGGUCCACCCAGCACUAGAGAAGCAGAGCUGAAACUGCGUCUUAAGCUUGUCGAGGAGGAAGCUAACAUCCUGGGCAGGAAGAUAGUAGAACUGGAGGUAGAAAACAGGGGCAUUAAAGCAGAAAUGGAAGAUCUCAGGUGUCAGUAUGAAAAGGAAUUUCUAAGCAGGGAGUAUGUUUCAAGCAUUCCUACCUCACCUUAUGGUGAUUCCAUGGAAUCUGCCGCAGAGCUGCGCCGGCAUCUCCAAUUUGUGGAGGAAGAGGCCGAGCUGCUGAGGAGAUCCAUUUCUGAGAUAGAGGAUCACAACAAGCAGCUCACUUCUGAGCUGAAUAGAUUCAAGUUUGGGCCAGACCAGGACCUUGUCUGGAUUGAUGGCAGCUCCUCUAAAUGCAACGGUUCUGUGCAGGAGGAACUAAAGUCCGCUAGGGUCCAGAUCAGUGAAUUAAGCGGUAAAGUUAUGAAACUUCAAUACGAAAACAGAGUUUUAUUAUCCAACGUGCAACGUUAUGAUCUAGAAUCUCACCUGGGCACGCGAGCAGCAAGCCCUCGGGAUAGUGAUGCAGAAAGUGAUACAGGGAAAAAAGAAAGUGACAGCGAGGACGGACGCUCAACUCAACCAAAGAGAGAAGGACCUAUAGGUGGAGAAAGUGACUCUGAAGAAGCCUAUGAAAAGACGUCAGGUUUUGAGAGUCUAAAACCAUCCGAAAUUGGGAACCUGUGUACUGUUAAAUCAAAAGAGGAUACAGCUUAUUUUCUAAACAUAAAACAUGAGGCUGAGAGAUUAGAGAGAACCGUAGAAAGUCUAAUUACGGAUACAGAUGGUUUCAUUUAUGAUGGCAAAUUGAAGAUGAGAACCUAUUCUAGUGAACAGGCAAUAAAAAGCUGUUCACCAAAGCCAAACGACAUUGAUAUAGAAGUUCUGGACGGCAUCAAUACUAAAAUGAAAGCUUUCAGGAAAGAAUUGCACAACUUCUUAGAAAUGGUUGAUCGUACAGGGGAGAACUUAAAAGAGCAUGAAGAAGACCUCUCCCCAAUGCCUCAUCUCACUGAAUCUUCUAGUUACUUAUCCAACUUGACUUCAAUGUCUCGGGACUCACCCAUUGGGAAUCUUGGUAAAGACCUUGCCACUGACUUCCAGCAGUCCAAACUAAGGGAACACAUGGAUUGGCAGCUCAACAAUGACCUUGAAGAAGAUAGUCAACGUGUCCUUGUAAAUCAUGACCGCAGAACUGAUGGAGACAUUAAGUGCUACAGGCCAGGAGACAAGGGCUGUAUGAGUCUAGAGCUUAGCAACCAUAUGUCCACCGAAAAGAAUUCAACUUUAAGGGAACUACAGGCUAUUCUUGAACAAGAACGAAGACUUCAUCAGGAGGAGUGUGAAAAGGUGACAGACAGAAUCAUUCAGCUGGAAGAGGAACACUUGAAAGCAAUAAGAAGAAAGGAUUUGGAGGUCCAGAGUCUCACUCUUCAGAAUAAACUGGAAGAUAAAACCUGGAGUCAGGAGAAAUGCCUUCUACAGCAGGAGCUGAGGAACUUCAAACAGAAUGUCUUCGUCUUGUAUAUCAAGUUAAAGUGGCUACUGGCACAGUGGCGUCAGUGCAAGAGGGCAGAACAAGAGGAAGUGGGGGAUGAACUUCUUCAGAUUGACCAGCUGAACACCUUUCCCGAAUUUUCCAUUAAUUCUGACCGCAGAGGAAGUGACCCCAACUUGGAUGAAGGUGAUGAAGAGGACGAUGAUGCUGUGUUUGCAUUACAGGAUUAUUCCCAACAUUCCACUUCUGAUAGCAUCAACCCCCAGCUUCAGACAGCCGAGUUAUUACAGCACAAGAAGCAGGCAAGUGAAAACCGGCUGCUCCUGGCUGCAUUUAAGGGCUUAUUGGAUGAUUUCCGAUCUGAGUUGCGGGAUGAGGAGAGAGAGAAACAUGAGAUUCAGCAGCACUAUGCAGAUGACAGGGCGACCUGGGAAGUGGAGGAGACGACCCUCAGAUGUCAACUGGAGCAGUAUGAAGCAAGGAAGCAAAAAGUCCCAGGAGAAACAGGCCUUGCAGAUUUAAGAUCAUCAUUCAAGCAGGAGCGGGAUGAGCACAAGAAGCUGCUUGCCGAGAGUCACGGUCUGGUAAUAGGUCUGCGGAGGCAGGUUCAGCAAUCUGAGAAGAGCUGGUGCAGGGAGAGGGCAGAGCUAGUGGAUCGCUAUGACCGGGACCGCCGGGACUGGGAAAGGCAGAGUAGAGACUUCCAGAGGAACAUAGAACAGCUCCAAAAAGAAGUAGGUACCCGAAGAGCAGAAAAGUUCACGGUAGAAGAAAAAGAGGGUGAUAUGAAUCCGUUUUUAACCAAAGGCAACCUGGACGUUCCUCGUGUGCUUGGAGCCAGAUCCUUUUCUGAGUCUGAUGAUAUGCCGUUCGAGGAGGAUUUAUUGCCCAAACUGAGGGGAUCUGACCGUUGUUCUGGAUCUGAAAACCUGUUUCUUGAUGCCCUGUCGCUGGACUCUGCAGAUGAAGCAGAGAUACCUCAACCACACAGACUGGAGCGGAACAAGUUCUCAGCAGAGGAAGAGGUGCAAAAGGGAGGCCUGCAGAGGGUAAUGUCUGUCUCUUCCAUGUCUGAAUUCCAUCGUUUAAUGGAGAGUUCUCCUUUUCUUCCGGAAAAGAACUCAGAUUUUGCUAGUGACAAGGAUGAGCUAUCUCCACCUCUGUCACCUGAUGACCUGAAAUAUAUUGAAGAGUUUAACAAGAAUUGGGAUUACGGUAAUGCAGGGCAAAGUGAUAGGAUAGCUGGCGUCUGCAGAGCAGCAAAUGGCAAGUUGGAAGCGGGUUUGGCUACUGAGACAUUCCAGUCACCGUCAUGGUUCCUCACAACAAGUGUUACUAUGACGACCAAUACAAUGACCAAUCCAGAACAUUGCCCAAAACAGUCUCCUAGAAACCACACAGUAGCAGAAAGAAUGGGAGUCAGGGUCUUCCAUAGCCCACCCAUGGUCCGUAGGUUUGAUAACUCAGCUAUUAAUGGCAAUGAAGAGAAUAAACCGUCGGAUCAAGAUGUACCGUUUUCUGUGACCAAACCCAAAGGGAAUGUUUCAGAAGCAAAAGGUGGUUCUGGAGAGGCAUUUGGGAAGUGGCCUUGUGAUGUCAAUAAACACCACAAAGACUUUAUGGAAAGCGGUUUAAACCUCAUAGACCGUCCGGUUUGCACUACAGUAGGAUUUGCUUCUCCUCUGCACACGAUAGCGUUGUCAAGAAAUAUGAGCGAUGAUAUGAAAGAAGUUGCCAACUCUGUUAGAAAUGCAAUCCGAACAAACUCUGCAGACCCUCAGUUUAAAGACAUUGCAUGUCAAACAAACGGUUUGAGGAACACAGGAACGCAAACCACACAAACAAUUAGUGUCGGCCUGCAGACAGAGGCUUUACGAGGCAUCACCGGCAGCCCACACAAGUGUCUGACUCCUAAGGGAGGGUCUACUCCCAUAUGCUCACCUUCACGUAGCUUAAGGAGUAGGCAGCUGGCUCCAGCCAUUGAAAAGGUCCAGGCUAAGUUUGAACGCAGCUGCUGUUCACCUAAAUAUGGUUCUCCAAAGCUGCCGAAGAAAACCCUGCCAAAAACAGAUCAGCCAAGUAACCGUGCUGCAUCGGGUACCCCUCAGAAAGGUUUUAAUGAAUCGGCAUGGGCUAGGUCAACCACAACAAGAGAGAGUCCUGUCCACACCACUAUUAAUGAUGGUCUUUCUAGCCUAUUUAAUAUUAUUGACCAUAGCCCGGUAAAUUGUGAUCAUCUGAACAAGCUUUCCAGGCCAAGUAGCAGAUCUCGAUCUGCAGAACCCAGGUCUGAAUUUGGGAAUGUGCCAGAAACGUACAUGGAUGUUAGAGGGAGAUCACCUAGCCCUAUCCGCAUAACGAUGGAGCUAGAAAGGGAACAAAAUACUGAUAUCAGCACUAGCAGACAAGACCUCUCCACCCCACCAGGCUAUUCCCUGUCAGAAAACGUUGCCAAAAUUCUCAGCAAGAAACUGAUAGAAGAUCAAAAGCAAUCUCCACACAGCCCUUCCAGGGUCUACAGAGACCACACAGCUGCAGAAAUUCUUAAAGCAGAACUGGGAUCCGUUGAGGAACUGCCUUGUCCCGAGUUAGCUCCGUCCUUAGAAUCCAGCUUCUCCAGACCAGAGAGACCAGCGAACCGACGCCUGCCUUCCAGAUGGGCUUCUCAUUCCCCCACUGCCUCCCGCGCUCCAUCCAGUAGCAAUCUGAAUGUUGCUGACGAGCAGGGAAACAAGCAAACACAAGCGGACGAUAUAGAAGAUUGACGCCACCUUGCAUGAAUAAUCAAAUGUGCGACUUAGUGUGCUUAACAUCAGAUUCAAAAGAUGUCAGUCUCUGACCACUGAGACGUGUUGUAUUUUCCAGUCUGCGGAAUGCUCUGUGCAAUUACUGAAUGUUCAACCUGUGGAACAUGUGGUUGUUUUUCAAGAAUGGAACAUCUUAUGUGCCUGUAUGAGAUAACCAUACGUUAUGUCUCCAUCAUUUCAAGAAAAAGUUAAUGUAAAGCGAUCAUUAAGACAACAUAUAAGAAAAUGAAUGCUUUAUUACCCUCGGUGUUGACUGCCUUUUUUUAUUUUUUAUUAUUGCUCCCCCAACUUUUUAUUUUCAUCAUGUUUUUUUUUUAAUUAUCCAUCCAUUGUUUUUUUUUUUAAUGAUUUCUACUCUUAACGUUCGACUGUUCAUAGAAUGAUUAUUUUUGAAGGUGCUUCAUCUCGUCUGAAGCUGUAAUGAAAGAAGAAGCCAUUCUAUAAACAGAAAAGAGAUGUAUUUUAUUGACUUAAAGUAUCGACAAAAUAAAUAAAUGUCUUAUCAAGUUGGCUGUAUGCAAAAAAAAAAAAAAAUGAUGAUGUCACUUGAUAGCAGAUGCGGGCACUUUAGUGCAUGUACAUAGUUGUGCUGUAACGAACCAUCGUUCAUGAGAAUGAAUCUGUGUUUUACUGUAGUACUCUUGUGAUUUAUGUACUGUAAGUUUAGCGUUAGUUUACUUGCACUGAUUACACAGGAAAUAAUUUUUUAAAAAUUGACGUUCACCAGCUAUGUAUCUACAAGUCUCUGUGAUGUUUCAUGGAAAAGCCAAGGCAUAAUGAAAUGUAACGGAUUAUGCUGGGAAGUACAUACAAGGCUGUCCUUCACUAUUAAAGCCCUGUUGAGAUGUA